GUUAGCUCUAAAUUGAACCAAGCACUGAACAAUGUGGCUAACUCCGAUUUUGUUAAUAUAUCUAUCGGGUGUUUACGGCCUAAAACUGCAAAUCGAGAAGUUCUACUCCAAGUCCUUUGUGCCCGAGAACAUCCAUCUUUCCUAUAACAUUAUUCGCUUUGAAGAAAUUAACUUUAAUCUGACUGUGGAAGUGCCAUUUCCCGGGAAACUGCUUUUGCACAUUUUCGUGCGGAAACUCUCGGAUCAAUUUGGUGGUUCCGACCAGGUCGAUCUCGUUCGCUUCAGGAAUAUGGACGUGUGCAAGCUCCUUGAUUCGCUACGCAAUAUGACCGUGCAGGAGAUUCCGGGUGAAAGCCUUCUGCCCUCCACCUUUGUAAUUUCGUGUCCUUUUGUGCCCGGGUUUUACUAUGUGAAGGAUAGCACCGUCGAUGUUAGCCUGAUUCCCUUCCGAAUCCCGGAUGGCCGGUAUAUGGUACUCCUCGAGCUGAUUCAGGUGUACGAGGAAGUCAUGAAACUGGUUACCACCAGGAUCAAGUUUGCCAUGAGGAGACCACCAGGCUAUAAGGAACCAUCCUCUGAUUUUGAUAAUAGCGAUGAAGUAACAACAAAUCGUGAAGAAGAAAAAAAGGAGACUAAAGAUGAAACAGAAGGGGAGAAGGAACCUAACAAUGAAGACGAGGAGAAGGAAGAUAAGGAACCUAGCUCAGAGGUUACUUAUCAGAGUGAUGAUAACUAUGAGACUACUUCUGAUUAUGAAGAAUAA